GGAGGGAGGAGGGAGGAGGAGGAGCAGAGGGGAGGCAGGCAGUCAGUCUGUUCGGAGGAAUCAGCAGCAGCAGCAGGACAAUGUACCGUCUCCAGCACGGAUCCUAACGGGCACCGGGCUGCUUCAACAAACUGGAAGAUCAGGCGGUGAAUGUCAAACAGCUCCAGGAUGCUGCCGCCCUCCUCCCUGCUGACCUACUCUUCACCAGGGGGCAUCUGACUUACCAAACAUGAUGAAGACUGAGCCCCCGUCGGCCACGGGGGGCAACGGGGCCUCCGCUGAGGGCAGCGGGAGCUCCAAUCUGCGGAGCCCCUCGCCCCACCGCAACGCCUACGAGGCUGGGCUGGCGGCGCUGAAGAAAGCUACCGAUCAUCUCAACAAUGCUGCCAACGGUGGCGCCGAGCCCUCCUCGAAACCGGCCCCCCUGCCCCGCCCGACGGGGAGGGGCAGGAAAUACGGAUCCAACGUCCACCGCAUCAAGAACAUGUUCAUGCAGAUGCAGUCGCCUGGUGACGAGGAGGACGGAGCCAAAAUGAUUGGUAAGGACCAGGCAGUGAAACUGUCCCUGCCGAGAGCAUCGAGCCUCAAUGAGAAUGUCGAUCACAGCGCUCUGCUGAAAAUGGGCACUACCGUGUCGGAGAGGGUGAACCGUUUUGACUCUAAAGCAGGAAGGGAAGGAGGUUUCUCCAAGCUCCAGGAGACCAGGAGGAUCUUUGAGCAGCGGACUCUGCAGCAGGAGAAACAAGCCGCCACUAACCGCAUUCUGCUAAAGAAGGAGCGGGCGUCGGGCUUUCAGGACAGCCGUCUAGACGUCGUCGCUCGCUUUAACGGUUCCACCGAAGCUCUGGACCGGCUGGACGAUCCCCCCGCUCCCCAUCCUGCUGCUGUUCCCUCUGCUGCAGCUUCGGUCGGGCCCGGUGAGGCCGUCAGCCCCACUGUGAGCCAACUCAGUGCUGCGUUCGAGAAAGGCGAACUACAAAACAACCUCUACCUCCCCCAACGACGGUCAGCUCCGGCCUUGGCGCCAAAGCCCAAACCUCCAGCUAGAGCGGAGGCUGCCGAGAGGAAGACGAAGGUGUCCCCUCCAGCUAGGGAGGACCAUGAGGAGGUAACAGCAGGAGAUGGGAACUCUGAGGCAGCAGAGCUAUCAGAGGAGACGGGUUCUCUUCAGAGGGGCGUAGGUGGACUGGUGUCGGGUGAUGAGAAGGACAGGAAUGGACAGACAGGAGACCAGCUCUCCAACUCCUCCUACUCCUCAUCAUCCUCAGUGACCGUCACCUCCACCUCUACCUCAUCAGAGGCCAAACCGGAGUCAGACGUUCAGCCGGCAGCGACUGAAGCGAGGGGUUCAAGUACAGCGGCUGCUCCUGAGCUGGAGGCCGGAGAACAGGACGGUUCUACCGGGGGAUCCGAUCCUGGUGGAAGGCUGGUGCAGGCCGACAUUCAUGCCUCGCUGGAAAACGGAGAGAAAGAGCCUCCAUCCUCCUCUCCGUCCUCCGAUGAGAAAGACGGAGACUCUGAAGGACGGGGCAAAGAGGAAGAGGAGGAGAACGACGAGGAUGGCUCGAGGAAGGAGGAUUACUCGGAGGGGGAUCUGGUAGAUAUCAGCGCGUACAGCGGGCUUGGAGAGGAGGACUCUGGGGGAAGCCAGCUGGACGACGAGGACGAUGAAGAAGAAGACGAGGAGGCGUAUCAGCCGGAGACCAGUUGCUCCGAAAUCGCAGGACUCCCCGAGGAAGAGGAGCCGCCGCCGCCUUGUAGGAAAAUUCGUUUCAGCACUGAGCCAAUCAAGGUCUUCACCACCUACUCCAACGAAGACUACGAUCGACGCAACGAUGACGUCGACCCCAUGGCGGCCUCGGCGGAGUACGAGCUGGAGAAGAGGGUGGAGAAGCUGGACCUGUUUCCCGUGGAGCUGGAGAAAGACAGCGACGGUCUGGGCAUCAGCAUCAUCGGUAUGGGAGCAGGAGCUGAUAUGGGCCUGGAGAAACUGGGGAUCUUUGUGAAGACGGUCACUGAAGGUGGAGCUGCACAGAGAGACGGCAGGAUCCAGGUGAAUGAUCUGAUCGUGGAGGUUGAUGGGACCAGCCUGGUUGGAGUUACUCAGAGUUUUGCUGCUUCUGUCCUCCGCAACACCACAGGAACAGUCAAGUUUGUGAUUGGCCGGGAGAAGCCGGGGGAGCAGAGUGAAGUGGCCCAGCUGAUCCAGCAAACUCUGGAGCAGGAGAGAUGGCAGCGAGAGAUGAUGGAGCAGAGAUACAAGCAGUACAUGGACGAUGAUGAAGAGACAGGUGAAUAUGCAACCGAUGAGGAGGAGGAGAUGAGUCCAAUGUUUCCAAACUCCGUUGAGGUUUUCGACCUGGCAGAGAACCAGGACAUGCUGUCUCCUGUGGAGAUGGACCCUGAGAAGCUGGCCCACAAAUUCAAGGAGCUCCAGAUAAAACAUGCAGUAACCCAGGCAGAGGUCCAGCUGCUAAAGAGGAAGCUGGCUCACGCGGAGCAGGAUAGGUUGCGUUGGCGGAUGGAGCGUGCUCAGUUGGAGCAAAACAUCCGGGACAGCAAAGAAAGGAUGGAGAAACUGGAGGGCUACUGGAUGGAGGCUCAGUCGCUGUGCAAGGCUGUGGAUGAACACCUGAAGGAAACCCAGGCUCAGUACCAAACCCUCGAGAGGAAAUACAGCAAAGCCAAGAGACUCAUCAAAGAAUACCAGCAGAAGGAGAUCGAGUAUCUGAAGAAAGAAACGGCUCAGCGUCGAGCUCAAGAAGAGAGCGAGGCGACACACAAAGAGGAGACAGACAACCUGCAGGAAAAGAUUACAGACUUGGAGACCAAAGUGGAUGCCUUGAAGACCCCCAAACCCUCGUAGACUGCUGCUACUUCCUACCUCCUGUCUGAGACUGGAAGAGGAGGAGCUCUGCCUUCGUUCUGACCGGGGCUGUAUUUUAUUCAACCAACCAUCUACUGCACGGACAGGCAGCGCAGGAGAAAAAAAAACAACAAAACGAGGAAAGAAACAACCUCCCAUCUGACAUCAGCCAGUGACGUAGUGCCCCGUCAGUCAACAACCAAUCCCAGAAUGCACCUCCUGUAAUAUCUACAAUCCUCCUCGUGUGUCUUCCUGGCGACCAACACAGAAUUCAACAAUCCAUGAGUGAUCUAUUUGCUCCUCUUCAACAGUAUCUUCCCAGGUUCUAUUAAUGAAUCUAAUUUGUUUUUAAAAUUGAAAAAAAAAGCGCUUUUAUUAACCAGGCUCGUCACAAAGUGCUUUAUAGAGUGACAGAGGAAAUAAAUGCAAAACAUACAAGAGCAAACAGGAAGCGAUGUCUUGUCUGUUUUUCUCUGGGGCUGGAACUCGAUGGGAUCCCAACGAAGAGGACAAACGCGCUUUCUCUUCCCUCGGCGUUGAUCAUUUGAAUCAAAAACUACAAAUAAAGGUAGCGGCCAUCUUGUUUUUAGAGACUCGGAUCAGGAAGUGGAACAAGACUUUGGAAAGGAAGCAUCCACCGUCCCGCCGAUAGUUGAGUAAUAAAAACUAUAAAACGAGCUCGCCGACAGAUUUCUGAUCAAAAAACUGUGAAUUUCCAGAACGCCCCGGCCUUCGGUUUCUCCUUUUCCAGCCUAACUCUCUGCUAAGCGACGGAAAGAAUCGGGCAGAAGCGAGAAUUUCAGGUCUGAGCCGUGGCGGCGCGAUGUUUGUAUAUAUUCUAUACAUUUAUUUAAAAGUGUUUAAGUGGCUUAAGCAAAUAAGUGGGUCUGAUAUCGGAGAGUUAAGAGGGAGAACAGUUGUGGAGGAAGUGGUUCGGUAGUCCUUCAUCUCUUUUUUAUCGACAUCAAUGGCAAACAGGGUGUGAAUAGUCUAAUGUGUGCUUCUAGAGCUUCUAAUGAUGUAUAUUUGUUGGUGUUUACUCCAGUAUCUGUGGGUUUACAUGCACACCAGCCUCCUGUUAUUCAGCUCAGUCAUGUGCUGUGUUCUUAGGCUGGUGCAGGGAGAGUUUCCUCCUUCUUUUGUGGAUUAUCACAAAAAGCUGAAUAUGCGGUAUUCUGUAAACUGAAAAUAUUAAUUCCAAAAAUGAGACAUCGGUCGCUCAAACAUCUCCUAGAGGCAGAGAAUAAACUGAUCGGUUGAGUUGUUAAUCAGUGAGUGACCAAAAAGUGCCAAAAUCUUAUAAUAGUAUAUUGGAAAAUUCUUGUUUUGUUUCAGAAAUGAACUACACACUUCCUUUAAGGAUGUUUCAAAAUAGGUAUUAAACUAAAUCAACUGUAGUAUUGAACUACGUACCGAACAAAACACUUGACAUUAGAAAAAUAAAGUUGUCAGUGCUAUGCCAACUGUUGUCCUCCAAAAUACCAGUGUUUUUUAAAACUUACCAUUAGUAAGUAAUGGAGGCUUGAAUUUUCUAUCUGAAUAUGGGAAGCUUUUAAUUUGAAAUUACUGUACGCUAAAAAUGUUUCAUCAUUUUCAAGAAAAUUGAAAAAUUAUAAAGUACAUUGAUAGUUAGUUUCAAUUUCAACAUUUUGUAUUGAAUUGCAGACGUCACGCUAUGUAGCUAAAGGUUAGCUUGUCCAAUCCAAUUCCAAUAUGAUAUAGCAGCUAUUAGCUAUUGAUGUAUGCUAAUUUUGAGAAGUUAGCAUGCAUCGAUAGCUAAUAGCUUGUAAGAAUUUUCUAAUUCAGUAUGCUAAAUUAGCAUGCAUCAAUCGCUAGUAGCUAGUAUGAUGCUAGUUGUAUGCUGAACAAGCUAAAGGUUAGCUUGUUCCGGUAUGCUAAACCUAGUAUUAGCUAUUAACAAUCGAUGUGUGCAAAUUUAGUGUGCUAAAUACCAAAUUAGCGUCGAUGUAUGCUAAUUCAGUGUGCUAAAUUAGCCUACUAAACAUAGCAUACAUCGAUACUAAUACUAGCUAUUAGCUAUCGAUGUAUGCUAAUUUACCGUACUGACUUCUCAAAAACAAAGGAUUUUAAAAAGUCUUAGCCAGUUCUAUUUCUAUUGUUAUUUCUAUCAGUAUUUGUCUCUUAUUGUUAGCAUAUUAUUGCUACAGGAUAGCGUAGCCUCUAAGAAAUGUUUGUGUAAUGACACUUUAACAGGGAUAAGAGCGACAGUGAUGUUCAGACAACUGUGUGCAUGUAAACACACUCCACAUCUCAUAGUAGGAGGACGGUAGAAGGUCCCAGUGCCAGUGUUAAUCCUUUAGAGAAUGAAUUAAGUUAGUGAUACAAGCCUGACAUGGUCUAAAUAUUGGUUGAAAUGUUACUAUGGUCAGUAAAGGUCAGAUAUUCAGGAGUCCAGGAACCACUGAAGGUGAGUCCAGUUCAACCACACUGAGAAGGUCUUAUUUUUGUUCCUCUUUGCUCAGACAGCUGCCAUAAAUCUUCAGAUAAGGCAUUUGGUAAAAGUGUUUGAAAUGUCACUCCGAUUGUCGUUGACAAUUUUCAAAUUGGCGAAUAAAGAAAUUGCCGAGAACAGAUCAAUUUAGAAUCGAAGUUGUCCCACAGCGCUUACAAAGCAAUCUACAUGUUUCUGAAAUCCUAUAUUUCACUAUUCUGGUGUGAAAAGUGGUAAAUGAGGACUGUAGUUCCAAAUAUGAAGCUGUGUUUAUAUAUAUGGUAGCAGAAUGGUGCUUAGAAAGACCAACUAAGUCGUUGCCAGUGUUGGACCAAAAUUUUCAAAAGGCAGAUGUUAUGGAUUUUGGUGCUGUCAUUAACCGUGGGAAUUAUUUUUAUUAUGAGUUCAUGAAUGUGUUUAUUGAGAUAAUGUAGCUUGCUGGCAAGCUCUGAUUAGGUCACAUUACUUGAAAAUACUUGAGUACAGUACAAUCCAAAAAUUCAAUUAGGCUACUCAAGUUCUAAUCAACAAAUAUGGAACCAUUUCCUGAUUCUGACUUCGUUCUCUGGUUCCAAGUUACAGAGAAACUCGUCAAAAUCAGCUUCAAUGUUGUGCUUUAGUGCUGCCCAAAGUGCAGGUGAAUAAUCAAAUUUUCCAAAGACAAAAUCAUGUCAUGCAGUGCAUGUUGCUUCUGUUUAGCGAUGCUAGCGCCUGGUUCUGUGGAUGGAUACAUCAAUCUGUUGUUCCACCACUUUGAUCUGAACUAAAAUAUCUCUAAACUUACUGUGAAGAUAUUCAUGGUGCCCAGAGGAUGAAGCAAACUGACUUCUUCUGGUUAAAAAUGUUAAAGGUGGAGUCUCCGAGGAAGAUAGUUGAUAUUUAGCUAGUUAGCAUAUUUAGAUAGUUAGCAUGUGCCAGAGUUAACAUCCCUCUUGCUAGUCGUGCCUCCUUUCUUCAAUAUGUGCACCUAGACGUGCACAGGACUCACUGGAAUAGUGUUGUGUGGUCCUAGCCAUGUUCUGUUUUUCACAUCUACAGAGCCAGAGCUGUAUAUUAACAUCAGAAGUUUUUAUUACACAGAACGUAAACCGAGCAGCAAUGACGAGAUGUUCACCGAAUUUUCCAAAAAGUGCAUUGAUUUAGAAUCGCAUAUUCCACCUUUAAUUUAUUCAAUACUUUGGAUUUCUUAAAAGCUAAUGUUAGAAUGCUGACAUGUUAAAUUCAUAGACGGUAUAUAAAAGAUGGAAGUAGCCACGGUGACUUCACAUAUUGGUUUGCUUGUUUAUUCUACCAAUUUGAAGCCCUGAGUUUGGAAUUAGCCCCGCCUUAAAGUAUACUCUUUCUUGUCCAUUUUUAUCAAAAUGGGACCAGGAUGUGGUUAAAGAGGACAUGAAGGUAGUUGGUGUGAGAGAAAAGGAUGCAGAAGACAGGGUUAGAUGGAGGCAAUUGAUUCGCUGUGGCGACCCCUGAAGGGAAAAGCCGAAAGGAAGAGAAGAAGAAUUUACUAAAUAAGCAUCAUGCUGCAGUGAUGAAGGACUUAAACUACCGACUGAGUCCAUAAACUCAUCAGGAAAGUCUUGACUGAGGUAACAAAUCAAGUAAGAAGUCGGUUAAUUUUCUCAAAGACUGACAGCUAGAGGAGUCGCCCCCUGCUGGCUGAUGGAAAGAAUGCGGGUUUGAGGCACUGAAAGCUACAUCCAUCUUUUAUAUACAGUCUGUGAACUCUAAACCUGCUGAACAUCAUCAUGUCAACAUCAACAUUUAACUAAAAGCACUGCUGGACCUCACAGAGCCAAUAGCAUGACUUCACAUUCGUAUUUUUUAAGAAUUAUUGGUAAAAAAGCAAAAUAUUUCCUUUGCUUUAACCCUUUGAUGUGCAACAUGGGUCAAAAGAUACCCGUAUUCCAUUGAAUAUGGGUCACCUUUGACUCAUUUUGUGCACCAAAGGGUUAAAAUAAAUCCUGUAAACAAAAAUAACCUCCACAGAUCACAGCUUUGUGGUUAAAGCAGCGUCAUAAAAACAAAACGUUGCACAUCCAGGCUCACUAAUUGCUCAGUAGAAGCACGUUUUCCUGAGGUGUGCAUGUUUUCUCCCUACAGUGUGUUCCAACUGUGCUUGACCUCGGACCUACUGGAAUUCAUUUGUAGUAUUUGUGUAUCCACUGAUAUUUUCCGUAACGUGGAAGCAAAGUGUGUGUACUUCUCUGCUUAAGAAAUGUUGGAGAAUUUAGUCACCAACAGGACUUUGAGGAACGGAUGAACGAGGAGAAGCGACUCCAAAAAACUGGGUUGAUGUUUUCAUGUAAGGGUGAUUGAAUUUUUUUUAAAGGACUCCAAGUGUUUGUUCAGAACCUGCAGUAUGUUUAAACUGUAGUCUUAGCAGAUGGGAACAAGGGUCAAGAGCAUUUUUAGAGGAAUGAAAAUCAGCCAUAAGCAACUCUCGAGUAUUUGUAUUUCUUAUGUAUUUUUAUUACAGUUUCAUCUCUAUGUCAAAAAAAAAGCUGUACAAAAGCUGUUGUAUCACCAAAUCAAUUCCUGGUCACUUUGGGUUUAUUGUCUAAACACAGUAAGUGAUCAGUUUGCCUUUUUUCUAAGUUAACAUGCUGCUUUUUGCCUCUACGAAGCCUUCUGAUGUGUGCUACCUGUAGCUGACUGUCACUUGUUGCCCCUCAUGUCUGCCCCCUUUGCUCAUGUCUGCGUAAAAGAUCAGGCUGCUGUCGGUGUUUGAAGAGUGUUUGCCGGUGGUUCCAGACAGACUGCCGUGUUGACAGACUGACAGAUUGUAGCACUACAGUAUUUAGGAGCUGUUGGAGAUUGUAGACAGAUCGAUGCCUUUCACCAUGAUGCUGUUUUUGUGUUUAGAUUUUAAUCUAACUCAGAUUUUUCCUCGCUUCAUAUUCUUGGACUGAACUUCAAAACCAUUUUCCCACCAGCUGCCUCUGAGCAGCUUUACUAGUGCAGGUGAGAGGGUUUAGUGCCUUGGUUAAGGGUUUAGGAAAGUGGUUUUUGGGAGUAAACCAUUCUCACUUAUUUUGUCUCCAAGCUAAGCGAUUAUACGAUAUCAGGGUGUUUGUUAUUAAGCGAUUGAGAGAGUCUUUGAUAGCAUGUCCAGUCUGGAGUUCAACUGCUAGGACCGUCCUUCUAGAACCCUUUCUGGGAGUUCUGAGCACCCUGAAAAUCCUCUGUUGUUCCAUUCCUACAUGCUCAUAGGAGAUUGGAGUUGCAUCACGAUCGCAAUAAACACAGAUCAUUAUUCUAAAGCUACUACAGUGUGAAAACAGUCACUUCACAUUAGGGCUGGGCGAUAAAUCGAAUUAAUUCGAUUAAUUUGCCUUUUUAAAACCUGAUGAUUUAAAAAUUUGCCAAAUCGUAAAAUCGAGUCGAGCUUAAAUAUCUAACAAUACAGAUUCUUCUUCUGCCUUUCACGACUUGUGCACUGGUGUUUGCUUCCGCCUCUCAUCUCCGUCAUGGUGGACAGAACAGCAGACGAGGAGUUGGUCGCGAGAAAAGGGCCUCAUGUUACAUCGAUUAUAUGGAAGUGGUUCGGCUUUGACAAGACUGACACAGAGCAAACUACAGUCAUGUGCAAGGUUUGCAAAAGUACUGUGAAAACGAAGCGUAGCAGCACAGCUAACCUCUUUCAGCACCUCCGGCAGAGGCAUCCUAAAGAAUGGGAAGAGUGCUGGCAGCUACGGGAGUGCGGCAUGGCUAGCACUAGCCAUAGCAAACAGACCGCAAAGAAACAACAAAAAUCAAUUAAAAUCGUAAUCGUCCAAGAUGAAUAAAAAAAAAAUCGAGAUUUUAUUUUUUGACCAUAUCGCCCAGCCCUACUUCACAUUGAUACAUUAUGGCGAAAGAUGUGUCUGUUGCCAGUUUAAUAUUACUAAUAUUAAAUAUUAAUAUUAAUAUUACUUCACUGACCAGUGAAGAUAUGGUACCAGUAAGAACCCACUGCUAGAAGUUACUCUGCGCUUGUGCUGGUUAUUAUCUCCCAGAAUGCCUUUAGUCGUGCUAGGACCUCAUUAUAUUGUCUUGCAAGCUGAGUUCCUUCUGACCUUGUUGACCGUUUUUUGAUGCUCAGGGUGGAAAUCUGUCUGGUAAUCACUGGUAACCAACCUUUAAACACCAAACAACCUGCAGAACCAGUAGAACAGAUGCCUGUUAUGUAGAAUGGAUUAACUUUGUGCUCACAUCAUGUGUUAAACAGCAACUUUUAAGAGACUGGGGAGAAAAAGUUAUAAAAUAUCACCAACAAAAGCACUACAGGAAAUGUGGUUUGAUUGAUUUUCCAUUUGCAUUGUUUCAUUUAGUCGCAAACCCCCAAAUCCACUGCAUUUUCAAGCAGGUCCACCCUUUUUUUUUUCUUUUUUUUAAACAGUAUUGACUCUUGGCUUCUUCAAAUAAUGACUGCUGAAAUUGGACACAGGUGUCGUGUGGUUUGCUAAAUGAACGGCCAUAGAUGGAGCAGUGCCAAACAAUGUGAGCAGGACAAUCUGACAGCGUGGAAGCAGACCUCUGAGUGUGUCUCGGGUUUGAAACACAGAUUUCCUUCUCUGCCUGGUUCUGUUCUCCAGUUGAUGCCACCAUGUUUGUCUGAAUCAAUACCUGUCUGUCAGCAUUAAUAAAUAAACAUGAAAUAUGUUGAACAAGGAA